AUGACUAGCUCCCUAUUUACACUAUACUCGGCUCCACUGUUUCGCUCCCAGCACCGAAGUCUCGAUGAACAUCUCACCCUGAUCGCUAUGGAACAGCUUUCCGCGAGAAUGGCUGAAAUUUCGGAUUACUUCUUGGGCGUCGCUCAAGACGAAAACAAGCGCUUUAUGCUAUCGCCUUUCGUGCCGUAUGCAUUGUACCAGACCGCAGUUAUAGAAUCGCGACUGUGGAAGCAAAAGGGUGAAUCACAACACAAGGAAAGAGCAUACAGAAUGGUGGAACUACUCCGAUAUUUUAGUAACCGCUGGGCUAUUGCCGAGAAGUACAUAACCGUACUGGACUCCCCUCAUCCACCGGUGACCCUACCAGCGCAGGAAUUUUACAUCAGCGAGGAGGCCCAUGUACAUGAGCCUUAG